CGGUUUAGUGUCGGGGAGCAGAUUGAGCGAGCUGAUUGGUCGAGCUGGAAGUCACGGGACUGGAGAGGAAAACACUCACGCAUACACGGCCAGCCAGUGCUGCUGAUCAGCUCCGGGAAAAUGAGCGAGUCUCUAGUUGUGUGCGAGGUGGAUGGAGAUCUGGUGAAGAAGCUGAGGGAUUUCCGCUUCAGGAAGGAAACCAACAAUGCUGCCAUCAUCAUGAAGAUCGAUAAGGACAGACAGCUGGUCAUCUUGGACGAAGAGCACGAGGACAUCUCUCCUGAUGAUCUCAAAGAUGAGCUGCCGGAGAGACAGCCCAGGUUUAUAGUGUACAGUUAUAAAUACCAGCACGACGAUGGGAGAGUGUCGUACCCGCUCUGCUUCAUCUUCUCCAGUCCAGUCGGGUGUAAACCGGAGCAGCAGAUGAUGUACGCUGGGAGCAAAAACAAACUGGUGCAGACGGUGGAACUGACUAAGGUGUUUGAAAUCAGGAACACUGAGGAUCUCACUGAGGAGUGGCUGAGAGAGAAACUAGGCUUCUUCCGUUAAAAAUAGCCGAAAAAGACAACAGGAUGACCAAGACGUCGUACGUCCCCUCCGAGAGACAAAACCAUUCAUUUAACACUAGUGUAUAUGUGUGUGUGUGUGUGUGUGUGUGUGUGUGUGUGUGUGUGUGCGCGCGUGCGCAGGUGUGAGGGUGUGUGUGUAUGUUUUUAUUUUUUGUUUUUGCUUUUAUUUGUGAUAGAUCUGACCCAAACACUACGAUAACCAGCUCCGGAUUCACACGGAUGACAGGAAUCUGUUAACGUGGGAGCAAAAAUGUUAACUAGGGUUUUUUUCACUUUUGUUAAAAGGCAUUUUACAGUCGUUCCACUUUGAGUAAAGUUUUGUAGAAUAAACACUGCCCCUCAAAGAUUAGACAGGUAAUAGCAGGUUAUUGUUUAUUAGCGCUAGCAUUGCAUUUCAAACUCAUUCACUAAAUUUGACUUAAGGUACUGCUGUAGGCCAUUUUCCCACUACAGCAUAAACACGAGCGUGACGUAGGUGCUAAAACGUGAGGUUAAAGAGCCCAUAUUACUUAAAACCGAAUUAAAAUAAAUAAAUACUAGGGAAGAGACAGUUACCACUAUUAAUGACAUCAUGUGAUGUAAAAAUCAUACAAACAUUGUUAAACCAGUCCAUGCAGUCCAUAAAGGGACACUAGGCUGAGAAAACGGCUUGUUUUGAAUUCAUUGUUUCUGUUGUGUUGCAGAAACCAACAUAUUUGCAUAUUACAAUAUAUUACAAUAUUAUAAUAUUUACAUAUUACAUGUUUGUAAUCACAGCUGUGAUUCGGUCGCAGUACAUCAUCCUGCCUGUGAUUUUUAAACACCACCUCUGGUGUUUUACUGCUGUCGUGCAAACAGUUUUACAGAGAAAAGAAGAAAGUAAAGCAAAUAAGUCCUGAACGUUGUUUCAAAUGUACGUUUUUAAUGUCGGCCAGAAAAAGUAGUUCCAGCGGUUUAGAGUUGGGUGCCGUUGUGCCCGUUGUUGUUGCAGCUGGUGGUUAGUGUAAUGAUACAGGUAUGCUGUGCUGUUUUCAGAUAUAACAACACGAGCAGAACAUUUUUCAGCCAGUCAGAUUGUGGGGGCAGAGCUAAGUGUUGUAGAUUAACGUAAACACAGAUUUAAUAUUCAGUUCAUGGGUUAUUGGACACUUGGUUUAAAAUACAUACUAGGGAAGGGACAGUUACCACUAUUAAUGAUCUCACGUGACAUAAAAAUCAUACCAUUUUAAUUUUAAAAAGUCUGAUAACCAUUUAAGAUGAGCUGUAGGAGUAAACAGCUCUACUGCUACAGUCUGAGCAGUAAACAAUUCUGUUCUGAAUGAUAAACACAUGUUUACAGUGUUAUAAUCUGAACAGUAAACAAGUGUGUUUACACAGUUAUAAUAUGAAAAGUAAACAUAUUUACAUGGGUAUAAUCUGCACAGUAAACAGUAGCAGUGUGGGGAUAAUGUCAUAUUUAAAAGAGAUAAAUUAAAGUCUAUCAGUGUAAUACUUGAAAUAAUUUCAGUGUGUAUUAGUGUUAUAUACACACACACACACACACACACACACACACACUCCUAUCACGAUAAUACUGAAAAACCAUGGUAAUCUUGGUCACUGAUAUUGCGAUAGGACAUUUUCAUGUCGUCCCAUCCCUAGUAUGUACAUUUUAGCACAUUAUUUUAUCAGAAACAGUAAAGAACAGUAGGUCAGCACUACAUCAGUAAACUGGAUUAACCUCUUUAAUAGAACACUGUGAAGAGAUGUUGAACAGACUGAAGGAGAAUAUGAAUUUUCAGACAGUUUUAUGAACAGUUACUAUGAACAGUUUCAUUUGUGGAAACAGACAAUGAGUGUGUCUUGGUGUGGGUGUGUGUGUGUGUGUGUGUGUGUGUGUGUAUAUACACUACCAUUCAAAUGUUUGGAUUCAGAGAUUUCAGUGUUUGGUGUCAGAUAAAUGCAUCAAUGAUUGUAAUUUGCUCGCCCUUCGACAUCUUCACAGGUUUUGGAUAAUCAGAAAUUACAUCAUAAUUGUAAUUUAAACAGAUGAUAGUAUAUUAUUUAUCAUUUAAUAUCUUCUGUAUUCACAGAAUUACAGAACAUUGAAAAAAACUAAUCUAAAAAUGCCUUUUGGUGAAUCGUUUGUGAGAUUUAAAUCCAGACUGUCUACAUGAUGUAUAUAAAAUAAAAAAUUCCAAACAUUUGAACGAGAGUGUAUUAAACUGGACAGGAGAGACGCAGUAACUCUAAAUCUGUUUGUGAAUGAAACAGUGGAGAAAUAACUGUAAAUGUGUUUCCAUAACAGAGCCGUUUUCCUCAGAACAUUCCAGAUUAAAUCUCUGUACCAUUCAUUACUACAGUGCUCCAAUACUGGACCAAACUAGACACUACAAUAUAAACUGCAGUCUAAUAUAGCCUGUCUGUACCUUCACAUUACAGACAUUUAUUUCUUUCUGGGAGAAUGUUGUCGCCAUCAUUGAAACCUCACUCCUUCUUUCCUUUCUUUAUUUCUUUCUUUUUUUCCAUACAAUGCCAGUUGUGAACAUUUUCUUGAGGACUGGACCAACAGUAACGGUCCAAAAUGACAUUGAAUAAAAUCUUGUUACGUUAAAUUAUACUAAAAGAGCUGUAAGGUUUUGUCGUGACUCCUUAACGCUUCAUCUUCCACUCUUCUUAAAAUGUUAGCCUCUCAAAAUAAGCUAAUGACUGAAUGAAAACUAAUGGAGACCAGUUAGCAUGGCUUCAAAUAAUGCUAAUACUAACUGGCUAACACUAACCUUCACUCGUCAUUUGAAAUGUUGGUGUUUUUGAGUGAAAUUUGCCUUUUAAAGGUCACAGGGUCGUCGGCCAUGGUUCAUUUAUUGAUGUAAACCAACAGUUUGGUGAGAAAUCUAAUUUGGCCCUCUGACACCAAAUAUAUUCGAUCAGCCACAGCAUGUUUUUCAAGUUUGAACACUGGAGCUACGAGGCUAAUGUAGCUAACAAGUAAUGCAAACCGAGCAUCUCACUAACUACAUGUCUAAAUGUGCUCCUCAGAGCGUGAGGAGGUGUUCAGUGUCUGUAAUAGACUCGAUUAUGCGUUUCUGACACUGAUGAACUCUUAUCUACAGACAUGGACUGAAGCUCGGACUAAAUUCAACCAUCAAGAUGGUCAGCAAUGCUGUUUUUAGCUACGCUAACAUACUUCUGUCCGUUUUGUUAGCUCCAGCGCUAAACUGAAGAACCGAGCUUCAGACACCAAACGUGUCUGGGCUGAUUGGACACAUUUGGUUAAGGCGGAAACUGAUUUUUUGCUGAAUUAUUGCCUUUAUUUUAUGGUGGUGAGAUGAGCAGUGCUGUCUAGCCGGACUCGGCUGGUCGAGAAAGAGAGACGAUGACCUUUGACCCGUCUGUGUUUUGGGCCUGUGCGUGUACAGAGCUCUUUGUGGUGUCAGUGAUGUCCCUGCGUUCUGAGUCGCUGUUUUUGUGCUAAUCAGUGUUGUGUCCUCUUGUGUAUUUGAUUAAAACAAAUGUAUUUUUCUUACUUUACAAAUAAGUGCUUAGAAAGGGUUUUUCAGAUUAAAUGUUUGUGAUAUGUACAAUUUCAUCCUGCCCUGUGAGAGUGUUGAACAUUUGUACUUUUUCCAUGGUUUAUACAAUGUCUUUAUCCGCUGUUCCCAAUAAAACUUGAGUGAUCACACAAAAAAC